AUGGCAAAAGAAAUUCCAGUUCCCAAGUGUUUCAUUAGAAACCCAUACAACCCCCCAUUUGACCUCUUGGAGAAUGACCAAUUCUACUUGGUCAAGGUGGAGAUUGCUGGUGUCAAAAAGGAGGGUGUCAGUGCCUAUGUCUAUGGUGAAAACCUUUGUAUCACAAUUCACAAAAAGGAAAGUUUCAAGCAACAACCAGAAGGUCUCUACCCAUCUCUCGAAGACUUGGAACCAACUCCAAUCCAUCCAGAACUCGUCGAAGAGUUGUCACCGGUCAAGAACCACCAAGUUCCGGUCUCUCCUCAACAAUCACCAUCACCAAUCAAUGAUGAAUCAUCUCAUUUAUUAUCAGAAGGUGAUGAAGAAUCUGAAAUAUUCAAUGAAGAAGAUGCCAUUUUAGAAACUAGUACCACCGAAACAUCAACCAUUAUCGAUCAAUUACUUAUUUCCAGUGCCAAUUCAAGUGAUACCACAAGUACAGAAGAAUCUAGUGUAAUCACUGAACCAUCAAAUUCACCAUCAUUAGAAUCAAAUGAACCAACUUUAAUUACUAGUUCAACAACCUCUACUACUACUACCAACAUCAACAACAAUAUUGAUCAUUCCAAUUCAUUAGAAUUAUCUUCAUCUUCCUCUUCAAACAACAACCAAGUUCAAGUUUCAACUGAAAUGCCACUACAUCUUGUAUCUUCACCAUCAACAUUUAAAUAUAUUAUCAAAGAAUCAGUUUCAAGUGGAUUAUUUUCUAGAAAUGUUAUCAUUCCACAAAAUGUUGAUCCCUCCAAAAUAUCAGCAUCAUUCAAAGAUGGUCUUUUAAUCCUUACUCUCCCAAAAUCAAAUGAUAAACAAUCACCAAUUAAAAUUAAUAUUAAUUAA